CCGCCCCGCCCGGCCCCGCGCGCGUCACGCGGCGGCGGCUCCGCAGUCACGUGCCGGGGGCGGUGGCGGCGGCAUGGCGGCGACGGGCGGCGCCUCGCGGGCCGUCGCAGGGUGGUGACGCAGCGGCGGGGCGCUGCGGGGCGCGGGGAGGAUGGGGCUGUGAGGGCGGCCGUCGCGCUGGACACCCCGCGCCGAGCGGGAGCAGGUGGCGCCGCGCCGGGGCUGCGGGCCGCGACGGCCCCGCCGCCGCCUUGGGAGUCGCGGGAGGCGGUAGUAAAAAAGAAAAUAUCAAGAUGAGUAAAAAGCCUCCAAAUCGUCCUGGAAUCACAUUUGAGAUUGGUGCUCGUUUGGAGGCACUGGACUAUUUACAAAAAUGGUAUCCAUCUCGUAUUGAGAAGAUAGACUAUGAAGAAGGGAAGAUGUUGGUCCAUUUUGAACGCUGGAGUCAUCGCUAUGAUGAGUGGAUUUACUGGGACAGCAAUAGGUUGCGACCCUUGGAGCGACCAGCAUUAAGGAAAGAAGGGCUGAAAGAUGAUGAAGAAUUUGUUGAUUUUAAACCUGGAGAAGAAGUCCUAGCUCGUUGGACAGACUGUCGAUAUUAUCCUGCAAAGAUUGAAGCAAUUAAUAAAGAGGGAACGUUCACAGUUCAGUUCUAUGAUGGUGUGAUUCGAUGUCUUAAGAGGAUGCAUAUCAAAUCUAUGCCAGAGGAUGCAAAAGGGCAGGCGCGCGAGAGGGAGCAGAUAGCGCCGGAGCUGAGAUUAGUGACGGAAAUCGAACCAAAAGAAGAUUGGAUAGCUUUGGUCAAAGCUGCUGCAGCAGCAGCAGCCAAGAACAAAGCAGGAAGUAAACCUAGAACCAGCGCAAACAGCAAUAAAGAUAAAGAGGAGAGAAAAUGGCUAAAAGUUCCUUCAAAAAAGGAAGAAACUUCAACCUCUACAAUCAUGCAGGAAGUCCAAAAAAAGGAAGAAGAACCUACAUCUAGUGACACAUUUGUAGGUUUUCCUGUAGUGGAUGUUCCAAAGAUGGCCUUUGUGCAGGCAGAGAACACGUUAUCCCACAAGAGGAAAAGUAAUCUAGGCAACUCGUUUCAGGCAAAGAGAGCUCGUCUUAACAAGAUCACUGGUUUAUUGGCAUCCAAAGCUGUUGUUGCAGAUGGUGCUGAAAAGAAGGAAGGCAACAAAGAAACAGCUCCAGUCCUGGAGCAGGAGAUUUCACCUAAACCACAAAGUCAGAAAAAAAAUGAAGCUGAUAUUAGCAGUUCUGCCAGCAUUCAGAAACCUGCACUGUUAUCCUCAACUUUGUCUUCAGGAAAGGCUCGCAGCAAGAAAUGCAAACAAGAAUCUGGAGAUUCUUCUGGGUGUAUAAAGCCCCCUAAAUCACCACUUUCCCCAGAGUUAAUACAAGUCGAGGAUUUGACGCUGGUCUCUCAGCUUCCUUCUUCUGUGAUAAAUAAAACUAAUCUCUUUUUAGGUCCAUCACAGCCAGUGAAUUCCCCUAGAUCCUACAAACAUAGCCAGCGGAGGAGAAGAUCACAGCGUUUAGCCACUUGCUCGUUGCCUGAUGAUUCUGUAGAAAAAGUUUCUUCUCCCUCUUCAGUUACUGAUGGAAAAGUGUUCUCCAUCAGGGCUCAAAAUCAACAGCCAUCAAAAUUGGAGGUACCUGAUGUUGCUCAUAUGUCACUUGAGAAGCGUGGACCAUGUCUCCCUCUUGACUUAAGCCGUAGUUCCGAAGUUACAGCACCAUUAUCCGCAGAAUCCACUUUCCGUAAUGAAUACCCCAAUAAAGAAAAGGAAGAUAUUCAGAUGAUUACAUAUCUUUCUUCCAAAGCAGUAACUGAUGGAAGAGUAGCUACAACAGCGUCAGCACCCUCGUCCCAUGUACAUGCCUUACAUCUGGAAAUGCCUUUAACCAAUAGUCUAAAGUUACCCAAAGGGAAUAGUAAAAAAAAGCGGUCUUCCACAUCAGUGAGCUCUGAAGGGACAGAGAUACAGUACUCUGUGCCCAUAAAGGAGAAAUGUUUUGAGAGUCUGAAGGAGAAAAUAUUAAAGAACGUGAUUGAGAAGGACAAGCAUUCAGAAGUUGGUGCAGUGAGAAUGGAAAGGAAAGGAAAACUGGAAGAGAAAAGCUCCUCAACGUAUGGUAAAAAGAAAGAAAAGGAAAAGGAGAAAAAAGAGAAAAAGGAGAAAGAUCAUAAAUCAAAACAGAAAAAGAAGAAGAAAAAAAAGAAGAAAUCUAAACAGCAUGAUUAUUCGGAUUAUGAAGACAGUUCUGUUGAGUUCUUGGACAGGUGCUCCUCUCCGUUAACACGGUCCUCGGGGAGCUCUCUGACUUUGCGCAGCAUGUUCUCGGAGAAGAAUACAUCAUACCAGUAUCCAAGAGCUAUCUUAUCUGUUGACCUUAGUGGAGAAAACCUUUCAGAUGUGGAGUUCUUGGAUGAUUCUUCCACAGAGAGUUUGUUACUUAGCGGUGAUGAAUACAAUCAGGAUUUUGAUUCAACUAAUUUUGAAGAGUCUCAGGAUGAAGAUGAUGCUCUCAAUGAAAUUGUAAGAUGCAUCUGUGAACUGGAUGAAGAAAAUGGCUUUAUGAUUCAGUGUGAAGAGUGCUUGUGUUGGCAACACAGUGUAUGCAUGGGGUUGUUAGAGGACAGCAUUCCAGAGCAGUACAUCUGUUAUAUCUGCAGAGAUCCACCAGGUCAGAGAUGGAGUGCCAAAUAUCUUUAUGAUAAAGACUGGCUAAACAAUGGACACAUGUGUGGAUUAUCAUUUUUGAAAGAAAACUACUCUCAUCUUAAUGCCAAAAAGAUUGUGUCAACACAUCAUCUACUGGCAGAUGUAUAUGGUGUAACUGAAAUAUUGCAUGGACUGCAGUUGAAGAUUGGGAUAUUAAAAAAUAAGCAUCACCCCGACCUUCAUCUCUGGGCUUAUUCAGGGAUGCGAAAAGAACAAGAACAAAUAACUCUUGGGGUAGAGAAAAAAACAGUGACUUUGCCAGAACCUGUUAAUCCAAUUGAAAGGACGUGUCACGCUCAAAAUCAUAAACAGCCACCUAGCUUACCCCAAAAGAUGGAAGAAACGUAUAUCACAAGUGAGCACAGUUACCAAAAACCACAGAGUUUUGGUCAGGACUGCAAAGCAGUCAGUGACCCUAUGAGCUCAGAUGAUGAAGAUACAAGUAGUUUUGAGGAAGAUCAGGAAUUUCAUUCAGAGAAUAAAAAUUGUUUACAGUAUUCUUUUAAAGAUGAUGGGAUGAAUGAUCAGAAGAAUUCUGCUGAAGGGAACACUGUGUUUGUUUGUAAUGAAAAAAAAGGCUCAGAAGAACAAGUGGACACGCAUCUUCAAUGGCAGCUAAAUCUCCUUACCCAUAUAGAGAAUGUACAGAAUGAAGUCACCAGCAGAAUGGACCUGAUUGAAAAGGAAGUUGAUGUUUUAGAAAGCUGGCUUGAUUUCACUGGAGAACUGGAGCCACCAGAUCCUCUUGCAAGAUUGCCUCAGCUCAAGCGACGUAUCAAACAGCUCUUAAUUGACAUGGGGAAAGUACAACAAAUAGCAACACUUUGCUCUGUAUGACAAAAGGAAGAAUAAAGAAAUAAAAAUAGGCUUUCUACAGUGAAUUUUCUUAUUAGCUGCAAGACUGACAGGAAGACAGCAAAAAGCUGAGCAUUUAUCUGGUUCUGUGCUGAUUACCUUAAUAGCCUGAAGCUUUAGAGAGAGGAGAAGAGAUCUAGACUAAGGAAUUUGUUAUACUGAAAAUCUGAAUACUUGGUGUCCAAGCUUCAAAGUAUAAGAUAUUACACACUGAAAAAUGUUGAUGUGAUCUUAACGUGAUAAACAAGGCAUUUUCCUCAUAUAAGAAAGCUGAACAAACAAAAAUUCUGCGAAGAACAGUGCUACUAUUUUGAAACCUUUGGCAGGAAAUUCCAAAUUCACAGAAGUGGGAUGACUAAAAACAGUCCUUGGGAAAUGCAUUUUUAAUGAAUUCCUUUUAUCUUGCUAGUGAAAGAUAGACACAGAGAGCUCUGUAUCCUCUCUACAAGAAAAGUUUGUAGAUUGUUAUUUUCUUCUCUCAUGAAUGUUUGGGUAAAUGAACGUACUAGCUUUGGCUUUGAAAGAAAUGACUUGUCAUGGUCUCCUUUUUUAAAGUAUUUUUUAAAAUAGAAAUCCUUAUUACAGCACCCUUAGGCUCCUUUAAAACAUAAGUGGCAAAUAGUUGUCAAAUGUGCCAAAUAACGUUAAAACCACUGGGAUGAGAGUUUGAGUAUGACUUACAUGAAGGUUUUUUCCAAAGUCCUACUUGGUGCCAGCAAUCCAUCCAAAAGUGUAUCUAGUUUAUAUUUUUUUAUGUUCUAUUGCAAUAUUCAGGAUGCAAAGUACAAUUUUUGUCCUGGGUAGCUCUGUUUUCAUGUUAGCCCUCUGAAACUUUAUCAACCUCAGCUGGGAUGAGGAAUGACAAGAGCAGCAAAAAUGUCUGUGGCUGUGAAUUACUAAACCACUAGAAUAAAUAUCACAAGAUACAUUAUGUUUUUAUAAAAACUGUCUGCUUCAGUGAUUGAAACAUCAUGAAACCAAAGGCAACCUAGUUGCUCUGUUAGAUCUUGCUGGAUUUUGAGCCCAGGACUUUCUCUGUGCUUAUAAGUUGCCGCUGUACCCAGUGAUACAUACUUCUAUGUGUAUGUAUAUGUGUAUAGAUACACAUGUACAUAUAUACAUACCAUAUACAUUUAUAUCUACACAUGUCUAGUUUUAUUACAAUAGACUAUAAGAACUGGUGGUUAACAUGAAAUGUUACCUUUUAACAAGCAGUUUCUAAAAUUGAAAAUAAUGUAUGUACAGGUUUUGAAAUUUGUAAAAUAUGACUGUUAAAAGGAGGCUAUUUAACUGAUUACAUUAAGAUACUUGAACAUUUUAUGCCUCACAUCUGUUUAUCAGUUCUAGUUAUCUGUAUAAAUGCAUUUUAGAACCGAUAGACAGUAAACUUGAAUUUACCUUUUGAUAAGAGUACAAGCCACUGUACAUUCAAAAAUUAUUUAAAUUUGCAAACACACUGUUCUAUAUGUAAGGUACUGUAUGUAAAACUGUUUAUUAAAACUAUUCUGCAUACUCUA